UUUGAACAUAGUUCCAUUCAAUCAAGUCAUCAAUUCGAAGUGAAAGUCGGUGGUUGAAAGACGUUAACUAGUAAGAGGCGGAAUAAAAGUGGGAAAACGCGAAAGAAGUGUUAAAAAAUCGAAUAAAUUACAUAUCUUUUCAAAGCCUGCAGAUCGUCAAGGAUCUCAGGUCUUUUGUGUUGAAAUAAAGGAAGCAACGUAUGUGAGAAAAUGAUAAAUUGAAAUAGAAAUAUAUGUACAUACACGUACAUCUACAUACAUCUACGAAUAAGAAAUUUGAUUCCUGCAGAUAUUAAACCGCGAUUUUUACCGCUUCAAAUUAAAAAGAACUGUGUGUUAUUGUGUACAAGGAUAUCGAGAAGUCACUUUAAAAAUUUUAUAUUUUCCACUGAAAAUAUGGGUUUCAAAUCCAAAUAUCACGUCGAUGUUGAUUUUGAGGUACCAAAAAAGCUGAAAUGGUAUUUUGCACCGAUUUUUAGCGCUUUUUGGGUUAUACUCUACCUUGCCGUGGUACUCACACAAGUUGGUCGCCUGCCAACACCGCUCACACGUCAAGAUGAGGCCAAAUAUCCCGACUCCUACAUAGCGGAGCGUGCCGAACAGAUAUUAGUCAAUUUGGGACGACUCGGCCCAAAAGUCGUGGGCAGUGAAGCGAAUGAGAUAAAAGCCGUGGAAUUUUUAGUUAACGAACUAAACAAGGUUAAAGAGCAAAUGAGCGAUUUUUUUGAGCUUGAAAUCGAUGUACAAGUAGUAAGCGGCGCGUAUAUUCAUUGGACCAUGGUGAAUAUGUAUCAGGGUGUGCAGAACGUGGUUGCAAAGUUGAGCGCUAAAAACAAUGCGACUGAAAAUUACUUGCUUAUAAAUGCGCACUUUGAUAGUGUGCCGGGAAGUCCCGGAGCUGGUGAUGAUGGCUCAAUGGUGUCCACAAUGUUAGAGGUUUUACGGGUUAUCGUCAAAUCCAACGGCCCACUAGAACACCCCAUCGUUUUUCUUUUCAAUGGUGCAGAAGAGAAUCCUUUGCAGGCUUCACACGGUUUCAUUACCCAACAUAAAUGGGCCAAGAAUUGCAAGGCUUUAAUUAAUCUGGAUGCGGCUGGCUCUGGUGGACGUGACCUACUCUUUCAAUCUGGUCCUGGCAACCCAUGGCUAAUGAACUAUUACCGUCGAGUGCCACAUCCGUUUGCGAUUACAGUAGCUGAGGAGCUAUUUCAAAAUGAUUUCAUACCAUCUGACACAGAUUUUCGAAUUUUCCGCGAUUACGGUGGCGUGCCUGGCUUGGAUAUAGCUUACACUUACAAUGGCUAUGUUUAUCAUACCCAAUUUGAUCGCUUCAAUGUUCUGACGAAGGGUUCGCUACAAAACACUGGUGACAAUGUACUCCAUCUGGCCAGAUCUAUAGCUAACGCACCUGAAAUGGAAAAUCCAUCGGAAAGUCAAACUGGUCACGUAGUUUUCUAUGACUUCCUCGGCUGGUUUAUUAUCUACUACUCGCUCAGCACCAGCAUCAUUAUUAAUUCCGUGGUUUGUGUGGUGGCUUUUUGUGCUAUAGGCGUAUCGCUUUUCUUCAUGUCAGCCCGUUCGGGCCUGGGUUGGUUGCCAGUUCUUCGUCGUUACGCACUAGCUUUCGCCGUACAAGUACUCUCACUCUCUCUAGGUGCAGCCAUAAGUUUAACGAUUGCGGUAUUUAUGGAUGGUGUUGGUCGAUCUAUGACGUGGUAUACGCAGACCUGGUUAAUAUGUGGUCUUUAUUUUUGCCCAUUAUUUUUUUGUAUGGGCAUAUUUCCAGCUUUGUUCUUGGAACGUACCAAGAAGGAUCCCUUAAGUUUGGGUUUUCGCAUUCAACUUUUCAUGCAUUCGCAUUGCUUAAUUUUAAUUCUGAUAACAAUCGCUCUAACUGCAUUUAAUGUCCGCUCAGCUUUUAUGUGCAUGUUGGCUGUAUUCUUUGACAUCGCGGCAUUGAUUAUUAACUUGAUUACAAAAUGGCAUAGGAAAGCCUAUUGGUUCGCUUUUGCCGUUAUUAUUUGUCAAAUCUUACCGUUCAUAUAUUACACAUCAACGGCGCAUGAAAUUUACUUCACUCUGAUACCAAUGACGGGCCGUUCCGGAUCCUCUACAAAUCCAGAUCUUUUAAUCGCUGUCAUUGCCAUAUUCUUUGCCUACCUCUUCGCAGGCUUCAUUAUGCCACUCUAUAUGUACUUCCGGAAAACGCAAACGAUCAUUCUUUGCUUCUUGGGUCUUACAAUAGUCUUCUUAAUACUGGCGGUGACACCAGCUGGAUUUCCAUAUGCACCCAAGGUGGCCGCGCAGCGUUUCUCCUUACUGCACGCGAAACGCAUACUUCAUAAUGCAGAUGGCUCUGCACGCGUCAAUGAAUCGGGAGUAUAUAUUUACCCUCAGGAUCGACGUGUCCAUACAGCGGACGACAACAUCAAAAACAUCGGCGUGAAGUACAAAGUCAGCGAUAUUUGCAGCGAUGAAAUUUUCUGCGGCAUGCCAGUGUUCAAUCACCGUUGGAAUAAUGCAAAAGAGUACAGCUACUGGAUACCUAUUGAUGAAGAACCAAAUAUACCCGGUGACGAUCCUGUGUUAGCCUUAAAUUCUAAAAUCGAUGUGGAGGCAAGCAAUAUCCGCCGUUAUAACUUUACGCUUACCGGGCCGGAUCAUAUGACUCUAUUUAUUGGGACAAAAUCGUCGGCUAAAAUUGUUAAUUGGUCUUUCAAUGACACCAUGCUUCGUGAGAAUUGGGAACCGCCCUAUUUUAUUUACUACUCAUACGGCAAAGAUAGCAGCCCAUUGGAUUUCUUCAUUGAUGUAGAGUCUCCAGCCGCGGACACAUCAAACAUAGAAAUCGGUAUUGGUGGUCAUUGGAUACAUCAGUCGAUGACGCGCCCCGAUGAAUAUGAAAAAUUUGUGCAGAGCUUUCCAAAUUACGCCUUUGUCGCCGACUGGGCUUCCAGCUAUGAAAGCUGGCUCUUUUGAUGAAACCAUGGACACAUACCCGUUAUGUUAAACGAAAAUUUCUUGUUUUUAAGAAAUUAUUUAAACUCGUAGGUACGGUGUAUUGUAUAUUGUACUUUGUAUAUACACGUAGGCAUUAAUAUUUGAAUGUAUUCUAAUUUAUGCACUGAUACUCGUAAUUUAGUUAUAGCGAUUAAAAAAAUAUUGUUCACAAAAAAAUUAUGAAUAAAUUAUAUUGAGACUGUUUGUGUGGAAAGGUGUUUCUAGUUUCAAAAAA